AUGUCACCGGAUCAUAGAGAUAGUCAUCGAAAGAGGUCUCGUCCUCAGUCUGAUUACGAUGACAACGGUGGAAGCAAAAGGAGAUCUCGUGGUGGUGAUGAUAGAGAUUCACAUUCACAUUCACUUGUAAUUGAUCGUGAUGACACUGUGUUUCGAUACCUUUGCCCGGUGAAGAAGAUUGGGAGUGUUAUUGGUAGAGGAGGGGAGAUUGUCAAGCAAUUGAGAACGGACACUAGAUCGAAAAUUAGAAUAGGAGAGGCGAUUCUGGGAUGCGAUGAACGUGUUAUUACGAUCUAUAGCCCUAGUGAUGAGACUAAUGCCUUUGGAGACGGAGAGAAAGUUCUUUCUCCUGCACAGGAUGCUUUGUUCAGGAUUCAUGAUAGAGUAGUUGCGGAUGAUCCGCAAAGCGAAGAUAGCUCUGAAGGAGAGCAACAAGUUACUGCCAGGCUGCUUGUUCCUUCGGAUCAGAUUGGAUGUAUUCUUGGGAGAGGCGGCCAGAUUGUCCAGAACAUUCGGAGCGAAACAGGUGCUCAGAUUCGUAUCAUCAAGGACAGAAAUAUGCCUCUGUGUGCCUUGAGUUCAGAUGAGCUUAUUCAGAUAUCUGGAGAAGUUCUCAUUGUUAAGAAGGCUCUCCUGCAGAUUGCCUCCCGCCUUCAUGAAAAUCCUUCGCGUUCUCAGAACCUACUUUCGUCUGCAAUUUGUGGUGGAUAUCCUUCUGGUUCACUCAUGAGCCAUGCAGGUGGUCCUCGAAUUGUGGGGAUAGCGCCGCUGAUGGGUUCCUAUGGAGGAUACAAAAAUGAUGCAGGAGAUUGGUCACGCCCUUUAUACCAAGCUCCAAGAAAUGAGCCACCGGCAACAGAGUUCUAUAUUCGGCUAGUUUCCCCAGUUGAAAACAUUGCAAGUGUUAUUGGGAAAGGUGGUGCUCUAAUCAAUCAGCUUCGGCAGGAAACCAGAGCAACCAUUAAAGUUGAUAGCACUAGAACUGAAGGAAACGAUUGCUUAAUAACUAUAUCAGCAAGAGAGGUAUUUGAGGAUGCGUAUUCCCCAACCAUAGAAGCAGCUAUGCGGCUGCAGCCAAAAUGUAGCGACAAGGUGGAAAGAGAUUCUGGACUUGUUUCAUUCACCACUCGUCUUCUUGUGCCUAGUUCUAGGAUUGGUUGUCUUCUCGGUAAAGGAGGAGCUAUCAUAACUGAGAUGAGAAGAAUGACCAAAGCUAACAUACGCGUACUCGGGAAGGAAAAUCUUCCAAAAGUUGCAUCUGAUGAUGAUGAGAUGGUUCAGAUUUCUGGAGAACUUGAUGUUGCCAAGGAAGCUCUCAUACAAAUUACAUCAAGACUAAGAGCCAACGUUUUUGACCGGGAAGGUGCUGUUUCUGCAAUUAUGCCGGUCUUGCCUUAUGUUCCUGUUGCACCAGAGGCUGCUGAUAGAUUGGACUAUGAUAGUAGAGAUAGCAGAAGACUUGAACGUGGAAAUCCUUAUCCUGGUGGUUAUGGCUCGAGUGGUUUGUCUGCUGAAGGUUAUUCGCCUUAUGGUGCUCCGGUUGGUGGUAGUAGUAGUACUCCAUAUGGAGUGUAUGGAGGCUAUGCAUCUGGACGCAGUGGCAGUUCUGGGUUAUCCAGCCAUUCCUCAACUUAUCGGCGCAGAAACUAUGAUUACUAG